CUGCGUGCUGCGUCCAUGCGGUGACCACGUGUCUCCGUCCGGCCUGUCAGCGGACCAUGUGGAGCAGCAAGAUGGCGGCGCGGUGGAGGGGGGAAGACGGGGAUUUAAAUGCCGGCAACAGCGAUUUUCUGCCCAGCAACAUUCCCAACGAGUUUGUCCCUAGUCAACGUGACGUGGAAGCCGUGGAGGUGGACGUGCAAUCCUGCAUGGAUCACUCAAUCCUGGCCAUUUUUGAAGACUCCACUGUUGCAGCAGAGGGUAAGAGUGGGGUGGAGGAAGAGAGUGAGACCCUGCUGUCGGCCCUGACUGAGAUGCUGGACAGUGUGGAGGAUGAUGAUGGGACUCCCUUCGACACCCUGCCAGACACCAAGCUCCUUGCCCACCCGGAGUGCAGGGACAACUCAGUGGAACCGUUGCUUGCUGACAGACUUAGACCAAGAUCCAAAUCACCAAAUGUAACAUUCACAAUUAAGAUUGAAGAAGAAAAGAAAGAUGAAUGCAAAAUAAAGAGGAGCAGCCCCCCACAGCUGUCAACAUUGUUUCACUCCAAAACUAAGAAGGCGGUGGCUGAAGUCGAGCUCCUCACCUCAACGUCGCUCGUCAACCUGGUGAGGAUCAUGCACCCCUACUGUCUGCAGCUGCAUGUGGAAGAGGAGGGAGAUAAACUGAGAGAGCAUGCAUUAUUCUCUCGGGAAGAGGUGUGGAAGUACGAAAGACCCACCGAAGAGUGUGAUGAAGAGAUCAAUGUUGUGUCUGAUGACGAGGUAACUGUGAAAGAGACAAAGGAGGAAGAAGAGGGAGAUGAAAAGAGUGAUGGGGGUAAACUCUUAAAGAGUGUGUUGCUGAAUGGAAACUCACUCAGAGCUCCACCAUCCAGAGAGAAGAAGAGGGUGAGCUUUGGCCACGUUCAAGUGGCUUCAAUUGAUGAAUCGGAGGAAAAGGGAUUGAAUGGGAAAAAUCUAACAAGUGGGCUCACAAGUGAAAUGGUGUCGGUUCCAAUGAGCAGCACAAAAGCUCUUGAAAAUCCAGCUGGCUCCGCACCUGAACCCCAAACACAUUCCUCAGAAGUGAAGAGUAACGAUGAUCAGGUUCUGCCACCUAAAGGUGAGACAAAGGUCAAGUCACUCAGCCUCCAGCAGUACAGACAGCUGCGUCAAAAGAGACAGCCCCUGGUGGAGAAACAGAGGAACUACACCACCAAGUGGCCCUCUGUCCCUGAGCCGCCCAUGGAGCUGACCCCCAUCCUCUGUUUACAGGGACAAAGACAAAACAGCUGUGCACCAAAGAAAGCACACCACUGUCCAGAUGGUAGAGGAAGGGGUGCCGAUCAGCUCCAUAGAUCUCGUACUCCUGGGUAUAAGACCCAUCGCACCUCUGCUCCACCCAGGCCUCAGCUGUCAGAGGCCAAACCAUCCACUCAUCUACAUCGCAGCGCAUUGAAGCGCCCAAGGACUGAAUCCCAAAUCCUCUCAUAUGCUAGUCCUCUGUCAGACAUCACCGCUAACACAAAGGUGACUGUGUCUGAAAGCAAAAUAAGUCCAGUGAAGAAACCAACACUGCUCAGCAGUGAUCCCCCGAAUCCUGUCCUCCUCCCCCUUCCAGUUAACCACACAACAUCCCCAUCCUCUGACCUCUCCUCAUCAGAGUCCAAAGUGGAGUUCCUCAACAACAGAGACUCCAAACUUGACGGCACCAGGCACUUAGAAGAAAUCCAAAAUGACUCCUCAGGCACAUCUGAAUCACAACAGCAGUCAUCCUCCUCAUGGCCAAAGUCAGAGGUGUCGUUACUAAACCAGGACUGCACUCCCCUGUUUCAGGAAAUGAAAAACGAGUUUACUGAGAUAGAUUCAGGUAUCUCCUCAAGAUCUCCAGCACUGUGCGCAACCACAACCGAAUCUUCCUCAAGGAGCGAGAAACUACAACCUCAAAAACGCAGCCUGAACUUGACGAAAGAAACCACGCUGGAACCAAAGACUCCUCUGUCACCAAGUCCAGAUACAGUGUCGCACAUAGAGGCUCCUCCCGGUAAACCCCGGCCUGAGGAACCAUCACCCAUUCUUCAGUUGGGCUGUAGCGUGCAGAGUGCAACACCUGACUCAGGAAUUGAAGCGCCUGAUCUGACCAGCCUGCUGCAGCAGUUUGAGGAAACACAAGCUAAAGAGGAGAGUGUGUGUGAGCCUGAACCUGUUAGUGCUACUAACCCACCAUCAGAUGGACACUUGGACAGAACUCAGCCUGUAGGAACAGAAAGAGCAUCCAGAUUAGUACUGACACCCCCUGUGGGGCCACUUAAAGCUUUAAGCACUUCAGAAUCACCUGGCUCUCCAAAAACCCUCAGGAAUUUACCACAUCUUCAGAUGUUGAACAUCCCAGAGCCCCUCGGCACUGACGUCAUCCUCAGCACUCAACACAAUCUGCCAGCAAGACGCAGAAAUCCUCUAUCCAAGGCCAUUCAGAUAAUCGACCCCCGUCCUCUACCGUCCAAGAAGACACACACAAACCUCUCAGAGUUCCCCGCGGCUCACACCUCUGCACACAUUUAUUCUUCUGUAUCCUCUGAUCACGAUUACUGCGAGCCUGUAUACCGUACUCAGCGUAGCAGAGCCACUAAACUGAAGGAUGUUUCUAAAGGCGCUGAUGAAGAGGUGACCACUCAUAACUCAACUGCUGCUGAAUGCAACAAACAGAAUGCAACCGUUAGCACCGCCAUCAUGGCUGUUAUUAACUCUGAAAAGGCUGUGAUGCAGCAUCUCUCUGAGCAACCAAUGUCCAGAUCAGACACAAAAUCAUCCACAGACAAAGUCCUGUUGCCUUCGGACAGUGCUGCUGCAGAGCAAGACUGUGGUGCAGCUGAAGACCAGACAGCCCAGUGCACUCUCCCUACACCCCCACCCAGCCCUCUUGACAGAAGGAGGGAGAAAAUGAGAUAUGGGAGGAGAUCUUCCCGUUCCGACUCCAGCUGCAGCUCUCGUUCCUCGUCGUCCUCCUCCAGCUCUGCAUCUCCCUCUCCAAAAAGACAAAAGCACCGGCAUAAGCGUUCAGAGAGCAGUUCAUGUUCGUCGUCUUCACGCUCCGUUUCUCGCUCUCCACCUCGCCGCUACAGAUGGUCUUACUCUAGGUCGAGAUGCAGCAGAUCCAGAUCCAGAUCUUGGUCCCAGUCUAGAUCCCCAUCCAGAUCCCGAUCGCCUUCCCCGCGGGUUUGCCGUAGGCAGUGGAGAGAUGUUUACAGCAGGGAGUCCAGGAAGCUCAAGAAAGAGCAUGAGAUGAGGAUUCAGAAACUUAAAGCCAUAGAAGAACGCAGGGUGGUGUAUGUUGGCCGCAUCUGCAGGUCUAUGACACAUGAUGAACUGAGGGAACGCUUCACUCAAUUCGGAGAAGUAGAAUGUGUGUCGCUUCACUUUAGAGAUAGAGGCGACCACUACGGCUUUGUCACAUUCUACAACAUGAAAGAUGCUUUUGCAGCCAUCGAUAAUGGCGGCAAACUGCGGAAGCCUGAUGAGUUGCCGUUUGACAUCUGCUUUGGUGGAAGAAGACAGUUCUGUAAUUCUCACUACGCUGACCUAGAUGCAAACAGAGAUGCAGAUGCAGACCCGUCUCCUGCCAAGAGCAAGAUUGAGGACCUUGACUUUGAUUCGUUGCUGAAACAGGCCCAGAGAGGAUUGAAGAGGUAGCAGAGCUGUGUGGGAGGACAAGAACACCAAGCUGCAUGUGGCACAGAUGAAACGAGCGCUUUUUUCAUGAACCUCAGAGCCUUAUGCUCGCACUUAUGUAACAACUUUCCAUGUUUGUUUUUUUUCUUUCAUGUUUUGACUCGUAAUAUGCAUGUUGUUUCUGAUGUGUAGAGUUAAUAUGUACGAAUAUGUAGCACUGUUCAUUUGAUAAUAUGUUGUUAGUGGAACCCACUAAAGAUUAAUUUUGCAUUCCAUAACACUGAUAAAGUUUUUUAUAUUUGUGUAUAAAAAUAAAAGCUGUUUCUGGUUGA